UGUUGGGUGGCUGCAGUGCCGGGAGGAGGCUGCGGGCGCCGCUGUUGACCGAGGAGGAGCGAGAGGAAGUCCGGAGCGGUGCAGGCAGCCCCGCCCGCUGCAGCCAGGCUCCCUCGCUCGCUGUCUGUCUGGGAGCGUCCGGGUAGUGCGGAGCCGUGGUGCAGCGAGGUGGAGGGUCCGGCGGCAGUAUCCUGGAGCAGCGAGACGGGAACGGAGUCGGAUCGGGAGGCGGAAAAGGAGGCGGAACGCCGGGCGGCGGUCUUACGGUGCUGGCGGUGCCACGUCGGAGAUGUUUGCGGCGGGGAGGCAAUGGGUUCGGCGGGCUCGAGCCCUGAUGUGCUGCGUCAUGGUGGCAGCGUGGGAGGUGGCGUGGGGCCAGCUGCGCUACUCGGUUCCCGAGGAGAUGCCGAAGGGCUCGUUCGUGGGCGACGUGGCCAAAGACCUGGCGCUGGACCUGCCGAUGCUCCAAGACCGCGGCGUCCGCCUAGUUUCCGAAGGUAAGACGCAGUAUUUCGCCCUGCACGGGAAGUCGGGACAUUUAGUGACUGUGGAGAGGAUAGACAGAGAGCAGCUGUGCCGGCUACUGGAGAAAUGCGUGCUGCGCUGUGAGGUGAUAAUAGAGGGAGAAAUGAAGGUUCAUGGAAUUGAAGUGGAAAUCACGGACAUUAACGACAACGCCCCCAGCUUCCUAGAGAAAGAAACAGAGUUGAUAAUGAGCGAGAUGACAGCCCCGGGCUCUCGGUUUCCCCUGUCCGAGGCUCACGACCCGGACGUGGGACGGAAUUCCCUGCAGAGGUACGAGCUGAGCGGUGACGAGCACUUCUCGCUGUCCAUGCAGACGGGUCCCGGCGGGGACCAGCGUCCCGAGCUGGUGCUGGCGAAGGCGCUGGACCGGGAGGAGGCGGCCUUUCACGAGCUGGUGCUGAGGGCGAGCGACGGCGGCGAGCCGUCGCGGACGGGCACGGCGCGGAUCCGCGUGGCGGUGCUGGACGCCAACGACAACGCUCCCGCGUUCAGCCAGGCGGAGUACACGGUGCGUGUGGCGGAGGACGUGCCCGUGGGCUCCGUCCUGCUCACCGUCACGGCCACCGACGCCGACGAAGGGAUAUACGGCGACGUGAAAUACUCGUUGAAGAAAGUGACGGACGUGGGAUCCCAGAUUUUCCAUCUGGAUUUAGAGACGGGAGCGAUCACGCUGAUAAGAAGCCUGGACUUCGAGGAAGGCGAUUCAUACGAACUGGAGGUACAGGCAAGAGACGGUGGGGGCCUUUUUGACACUGCAAAAGUCAUAAUCACGGUGACAGACGUGAAUGACAAUAUGCCUGAGAUUUCGGUGCGGUCGGCGCUGAGCGAGAUCUCUGAGGACGCCCCGCCGGGGACGGUGGUGGCCCUGCUGCACGUGCAGGACCGCGACUCGGGCCCCAACGGCCAGGUGCGGUGCAGCAUCGCCGAGAGCCUCCCGUUCCGUCUGGAGAAGACUUUUGAGGACUACUACCGCGUGGUAACAGCGCGGGAGCUGGACCGUGAGGCGGUGUCAGAGUACAACGUGACGGUGCGGGCGUCGGACGGCGGUUCGCCGUCGCUGUGGAGCAGCGCGGUGCUGUCGCUGCGGGUGCUGGACGUGAACGACAACGCGCCGGUGUUCGCGGAGGCGCGGUACAGCGCGCGGGUGGCCGAGAACAACGCGGCGGGCGCGCUGGUGCUGACGGUGCGGGCGGCGGACGCGGACUGGGGUCAGAACGCGCGCGUGCGGUACCGGCUGUGGGAGGGGCGCGUGCGGGGCGCGCCGCUGUCGUCGUACGUGUCGGUGCACGCGGAGACGGGCGCGCUGUACGCGCUGCGCUCCUUCGACUACGAGGAGGUGCGCGAGGUGGGGCUGUGGGUGCGGGCGGAGGACGGCGGCGCGCCGUCGCUGAGCAGCAACGUGUCGGUGCGCCUGGUGAUCGUGGACGAGAACGACAACGCGCCGCAGGUGCUGUACCCGCCGCCGGCGUCGGGCGCGGGCUGGGCGGGCGUGGAGCUGGCGCCGCGGUCGGCGGAGCCCGGGGCGCUGGUGGCCAAGGUGGUGGCGGUGGACGCGGACGCGGGGCAGAACGCGUGGCUGUCGUACGAGCUGGCGAAGGCGACGGAGCCGGCGCUGUUCCGCGUGGGGCUGCACAGCGGCGAGGUGCGCACGGCGCGGGUGCCGCUGUCCCGCGACGCGGCGCGGCAGAGCCUGGUGGUGGUGGUGAAGGACCACGGGCGUCCGGCGCUGUCGGCCACGGCCACGCUGACGGUGGUGCUGGCCGAGAGCGUGGGCGAGCUGCUGUCGGAGCUGGGCAGCGCGGCGGCGGCGGCGGCGGCGGGCGAGCCGUCCGUCAGCCUGACGCGCUGGCUGGUGCUGGCCGUGGCGGCCGUGUCCUGCCUCUUCCUCGCCUUCCUGCUGCUGCUGCUGGCGCUGCGCCUGCGGCGCUGGCGCCGCUCGCAGCUGCUGGCGGCGGGCAGCGGCGCCUUGCGCGGCGUCCCGGCCUCGCACUUCGUGGGCAUCGACGGCGUCCGCGCCUUCCUGCACUCCUACUCGCACGAGGUGUCGCUCACCGCCGACUCGCGCAAGAGCCAGCUCCGCUUCUCGGGCGGCAGCUGCUGCGACACCCUCCCGGCGCGCCCGCCGCCCGACGAGCCCGCGCCGCUGCUCGCCGAGGACGCCGACGGCGCCCGCCGCGCCGACCCCGCCGCUCCCCCGGUGAGUUCCUGUAGGAUGAGGUUUCGUUAUAAGGAAGGCAAAGCUUCGUUUCAGCAACACGCUGUGUGGUGGUGCCUCUUUCUCCGGGGAGGUGAACGUGGUCUCAUUGCUCAGCGUUAGACUAGGUGUGUGAAGCAGCAGAGGUGGGGCUGCUGUUGGCUGGAGCUUCCUUGGAGUGAAACUUUGUGUUGUUAUCGUGUGCCAGGUCGUUUCUCAUUUUGUCCCCUGACAUGUGUCGGUAUUAGCUCUUCUGAACCUAUAUAUGAUCAGCAAAUGGAAAUGUUAGUUAUUCAGGGUCAGCUAUCUUCCCGAUAGCAGCUGUGCUUGAGUAGGAUGAGUGUGUUUUGUAAGGGACUGUUAAUGGUCCCGUGUAUAACUCAGCUGCUCAUCGUUUCCACUCUUCUCAGCCUUUCUGUUUCCCCACGAUAACGUAGUGAGCAACAAAAUGUCUUUGUAAUAGCCCAAGCUUUGAUCUUUGUGCACGGAGUGGAAGAAUGGGCCUGGAUACAACUGGU